AUGAGAUUCCUCAAAGCACUAUCUUGCCUUCUAGGUCUAGCUGGCCUCGCUAGCGCGGGAGAAGGCUGGAAACUCGACGAGUCAUGCAAGACUGACGCGAUUGGAAGCAUGGUCACCGAUGCGAUACAAAGUGCCUUCAACAUGGCAAGCGAUGAGCUAGACGCGAUCGACAAGGCCUUGAACAACGAGGACUUGGGCGAGAACGGCGAAAAUAUCCGGAAUGUACUCAAAUGGAUGUUUAUGAAAGAUGGAGAAGAGCCGAAUGGCAAUCGACUAGGUCUACUGCGAACGAAUCUCAGAAGACUCCUCCGUGCGAGAGAAGAGAUAACGGAUGGAGAUCCAGAUGAUCAGACGAUUGUCGUGUACUGUGGUCUCGAUCGCUUUGAAGAACGGGAGGACGGGCUUUGGUAUGACAAAGAUAUCGAUGAUGUUCUGGAAAAAGACGAAUCAUUUGGGGCAUGCAAAGGGGCGGAGCCCACGGUGGCGUACGUCUUGGUGAGCCCGGGCAACACGCCAUCCCAGUUGCAGCUUUGCCCAUGGUUCAUCGAGUGGAUGCAGGGGAUCAACAUUAAGAAUGUCCACAAAGUCGACAAGAAAUCUGUAUUCUGGAAGAUUCUCAGCAAAGGCUUGGUAAAAAUGAAGGCCGUCCUGACACCCAUGGACGUGGCGUCCCUUCUGGAUAAGGUGAUUCUGCACGAGUUGACGCACACCCGCAAUGCAGGAGAAUCCGAUGACGUCGACGGGCCAAGCUUCAAGACAGUGAAGUAUACGUGGAAACGUUGCCGGGAAUUGGCACGGGAGGGACCAGAUGAUGUCCAAAGAGAGUCGCAGGUAAAUGCAGAUUCUAUAGCCCUGGCUGGAUCUGCCAUCAGGUUUAUCAAAGAGGGAAAUGAGGUCAAGGAGGAUGGGAGUAUUGUCAAGAGAUGA